ACGAUUGAGUUAAAAUUUUUUGCAGACUGACCUCGCCAAGCUUUCACUACGCGUGACUGUGAAAAGUUCAUUCCAGUCUCUCGUCCACUCAUUGUCAGAAACCAGACCAGUCUACGUCCGAUUUCAUCACUAUGGCGCAGAGUGCUCCUCUUCUUCUACGCGUGGUCGCAUCCUCAGUGACAGUCGCCGGACGCGCCGGAAAAAUAAUCAGAGACGUGAUGACCGGAGGUGAUCUGAACAUAGUGAACAAGGGAAAGAACGAUCCUCAAACGGAAGCUGACAGAUCGGCGCAAAGGUGUAUCGUCGCCUCUCUCAGCAGGCAGUUUCCCAACGUCGCUAUAAUCGGAGAAGAGGGUCCGUCAAACUGCGAAGUUCCUUCUGAUUGGGUGGUAACUGACUCUGAUCAGCAAGUCCUUGGCGUGAAGCUUCCUCAGGAUCUUGAAGAACUGGAGGACAAGGAUCUGUGUAUUUGGGUAGAUCCUCUGGACGGUACUUCGGAAUAUGCACAAGGCCUUGUGGAGCACGUGACCGUUCUGAUAGGAGUUGCAGUUCGAGAGAAAGCUGUUGGGGGAAUUAUUCAUCAACCUUAUUUCAAGAACCCUGAAGACGGAAGCCUCGGUCGAACGUUAUGGGGCAUUGAUGGGGUCGCGACUGGAGGUUUUCAAUUGAUUCCACCUCCCGAAGGAAAGAGGAUUGUCACGACAACGCGUUCUCAUUCCGAUGGGACAGUUCAAUCAGCUCUAGACGCUUUGGAAGCGGACGAAAUCUUGAAAGUUGGAGGUGCAGGGCACAAGGUGAUGCUCCUCCUGGAAGGAAAAGCGCAUGCUUACGUUUUUGCAAGUGCGGGUUGCAAGCGAUGGGACACGUGCGCCCCUGAAGCGAUUCUUCGAGCUUUCGGUGGAACCUUAACCGACAUACACGGGGAAUGUUAUUCCUACAACGCUGAAACGAGUCAUCCAAAUAAACGAGGGGUGCUGGCCACUGCACCAGGGCAACAGCAUGCUUGGUACUUGAAGAAGAUACCGGACGAAAUAAAACAGAGAUUGGUUUAGGAUUUUAUGUCUAGUCCUCCUGUGUUGUUCCAAACAGUACAUCAUUCCAAAAUUGUCAGAUAUGAUGCGGCAACAAGUGAUGGAAUGCUCAGAAUGAAAUAUUCUUGAAAGUAUUUAAGCAUAUAUGGAGCUCUACUCAAAGUUGUGCACCAAAUCUUAUAAAUGCGUUAAUUUAUUCACAGAAAUAUUGAAUUUAUUCUAACACGUGUUGUAUACAGCUGAAGAGUUAUUUAUUUUGUAUUACAAUUAUAAAUUUAUCUUUGUAUAUGGAUUCGAUGAAUGAUUUCCCAUCUCUGAUCAACGAAGAAAACCAUUUGAAAGAUCCGUUCGGUCCAGUAUUGGAUGAAAAAUCUCUUUUCUUACACU